AUGGAUUUGUUCUUCUGGCUCUCCAAACUCUACGAAUUCAUCCGAAUCCGAUUCUACCGUUAUCCUAAAUUUCCACUUCUUAACCUACCGUAUGUUGCAAUGAAACAAGUGAUCAGAUCCAUGAGUGUUUCCGAAAGAAUAAAACUGUCUCAAACUUCCAAGAGGAUGAGGAAUUACGUGAUCUUAUCACGAGUUGUUUCUGAAUAUUGUGAGGUUCAUAUUCGCGAUAAAUAUUCAUUUUUAUAUUUUUCAACUCUGAAUGCCAUGUUUUAUUGUGGGAGAAAGUUGGAAAGUUCCACAAACUCUGAAGUAUUGACAAAUCGGGACUAUGGGAUAUGGCUCAACAAAAAAGGAACAUCACUAGAUAACGUUACAACAAUCUUUCAAAGAACUCAGUCAAUUUUUCCUUCAAAUUAUUUCAGUCUUGUAUUAUACCCAAUUAAAAUACUCGGAGCAGACAUUCAAACUAUUUUGAGCAUUCCUUGUUUCCAAAAGUGUGAUCAUAUUUCUGUAUACUGUGGAUUUACUGUUACAUCAGAAUUUUUGGAUGCUGUUAUGGAUUUUGCAAGUUUCAAAAGAGAUAUAACGAUAAGAUGUACAAAUGUUUCUUUGGAUUAUUGUCACGAGAAAAACUUCGAGACGAGUAUCUCUUAUCACAGACCACGUAUCAUUCUGAAACUUUCCGGCAAGGCCUUCAAAUUCCGAGAUAUUAUCUACGGCGACUCUCGUUGGAUACAUAUCGACUACCUAUUAUCUCUAGAAAACAGUCGGUGUGUCACACUGGAAAGGUGCUCUUUGAGCAGUGAGGAUAUAAAUAUUCUACUCAAACAUUGGAUAACAUCUGAAUUCAACAUGUUCAAAAUGUUGAAAAUUGAGUUUGAAGAGGAUCGAAAAGGAGGAGUUGUGCGAUUUUGCCGGGAAGUUUUGUUUGAAGGAAUAACUGUGCUGAGAGCAGUUUUACGUCAAAAUCCGUGUUAUUUAAUCGCUACAAACUCUCAAAACCAACUGAAACGGGACAUUUUGGUUUGUCAAUUUCAUGAUCAAAUUCUUAAAAUGAUCACAGAAAGUAACGAUAAGAUCAGACUGGUAACGGGUAUCAACGGGACACCGUGUCGGGAAGUGCAUAAAGUUCUGAAAUUGUUGGAUAAGAAAAAAGAAUUGGAAAUGAACGUGCUCGAUGAGAAUUCACUUCAAGAACGCCAUAUCUUACACAUGCAACUAGAAACUUAUGGAGUUUGCUUCAAAGAUAAUUUUGCAUUUUUACAAUAA